AUGAAAGAAAUUAAGACAUUGAACCCAGAUGCCCAUCAAUAUCUCAUGGAGAAAGAUCCUAAAACAUGGUCAAGAGAUUUCUUUCAAACUGGAAGGUGUUGUGAUGCAGUUGAAAAUGGGUUCUCAGAAAGUUUUAAUGCUGUAAUAGUAGAUGCUAGGAAGAAGCCCAUAAUAACCAUGUUGGAGGAGUUAAGAUUAUACAUGAUGGACAUUAUCUACAACAAGAAAUUAAAGGGACAACAAUGGGGAAAUCAUAUUUGUCCAGAGAUAAGCGAUAAUAUGAAUUUGCUUAAAAAAGCUCAAAGGCAUUAUCAGGUACUACCAAGUGGAUUAAACCAGUUUGAGGUAAGGGGAGGAAUAGAUGCAUAUGAGGUGGACUUAGAAAGGUUGUGGCAAUUAAAUGGAUAUGGAUGUGCUCAUUCUGUAGCUAGCACAUUCUUUCUUAAUAGGGAUGUAGAAGCCUAUGUAUACAACAUGUUUAGCACAACCACAUUUAGGAAGGCAUACAAUUACAUAAUUGCUCCCAUGAAUAACAGUGACAUGUGGCCAGAGACAAACUAUACUCCACCAUUGCCUCCUAUUAGUAGAAGGAUGCCUGGUAGGCCAGCUACUAAGAGGAAGAAAUCCACUACAGAGAAUCAGGAACACACAAGAAGUUAUGAAGGUGAUGAGAGUGUUGUGGGUGAGGAAGCUGAUGUGGUUGUGGAAGCUGUUGUGGUUGAGGAAGUUGUUCAAGAUGAGGAGGCUGAGGAGGUUGAUCCUGUUAUCCAUGUUGAUAAUGUUAAUGUUCAGGAGGUUGAUGAGGUUAAUCCUAAUUCCCAAGUUGAUAAUGUUAAUGUUCAGAAGGUUGCUCCUAUUAUCCAGGUUCAACAAGUAAAGGUUAGGCUAAUUUAA